UGCAAAGAGCAGUCGGUAGCGAUCUGGUCAUUCAGCUGGCGAGAUCGUUUUGCAGGGACACUGGGAGAAUGAGUACGUCCACGGGAAAGGUUAUUUCUGUGAUUGGAAGUGGGCUGAUUGGACGAUCAUGGGCCAUGGUGUUUCUCAGUGGAGGAUACAGGGUGAAGCUCUAUGACAACCAGCCAGGACAAGCCGCUAGGGCUAUCGAAGAAGUCGGAAAGCAGCUGGAGGAGUUGCAGCAGGCCCACAUGCUGAGAGGGGAACUGAGUGCCGCGGACCAGCUGGCCCUGCUGAGCAGCCAUGAUGACCUCCCUCAGGCACUAGAGGGAGCCUUCUUCAUCCAGGAGUGUGUGUUUGAGGAUCUGGAGGCCAAGCGGAGCGUCUUCCAGGCGGUGGAAGGUUAUGUGGGAGAGAGUGUGAUUCUGAGCAGCUCCACCUCCUGCCUGCUACCCAGCGACAUCUUCUCCCAAGUCCAGAACAGGACACGCUGCAUUGUGUCCCACCCGGUGAAUCCUCCUUACUACGUGCGUCUGGUGGAGCUGGUGCCCCACCCAGAGACGCUGUCCGCAGUGAUGGACCGCACCUACGCCCUGAUGACCCAGGUGGGCCAGGCACCCGCCCGCCUCAGGAAGGAGGUCGACGGCUUCGCCCUCAACCGCGUGCAGUACGCCAUCAUCGCCGAGUGCUGGAGGCUGGUGAAGGAAGGCGUCAUCUCGGUUCAGGACAUCGACCUGGUGAUGACGGAGGGACUGGGCAUGCGCUACGCUUUCAUUGGUCCAAUGGAAACCAUGCAUCUCAACGCACCUGAAGGACUGGAGGAUUACCUGAGACGCUACAGGGAUGGCAUGAGGAGGGUGCUGGCAUCCUUCGGCCCUGUUCCUGAGUUCUCUGGAGAGGAAGCCAAGGCCAUCAUCCAGGAAAUGUGUGAGCUCAUACCCAGUGACCAGCAGCAUCUGUCUGCCAGAAGAGAGAGGAGAGAUCACCUUCUGAUGGGCCUGGCCAAGCUCAAGAAAUGACCCCAGUACUGGCUGGGAUGACUAGGAGGGAGGGGGAGUCUGGACCUCUGGGCUCCAGUCCUGCUGAUUUAGCGAAAUACUGGGUUCUGUUACACUCUGGAACAGCACUGAGCUCAGAUGCUGAAGGCUCCUCUGCAGAGUCCACCUCAGAGGUGUGGACACUGUGACAGCUAGUCUGUUACUGAACCUCCAAACAUAAUCACUGAUGGGCUCAACAUGAGCCCUGUGCUCAACAAGCUCUGUCCACACAAUAAGCGUUUUUAAUUCAGUCAAAUGUACAGUUUAGGAUGGAAACAUGACAAAAUGAAUCUUGAUGGUUCCUCUG